UCUUUCGGGAAGCCGACCCAGACACCCCGCGCUCGGACGGGUACUCGAACUGUACGGGCUCGAGGAAUCAUCACCUCAGCCGCGACAAGGGCAGCAUCUCCCUGAAGAUGUUUGCUUUCCUCUACCGCGAGGCGGACCAUCACCUAAAACCCAAACAACUACACUCUUGCCAGCAUCGAUGAGGUGUUGGAAAAGGACGCGAGAUGACGAUCAACCAAAUGCAAGGUUACCCGGGAGAUACCCGAUGCGGGAACUCACCGCUCGGUGUGUCCUGGGGUUGGUCGUAGGACAACUCGGGGGAGUCCAGGUUGCUUUCGAUUGCGCUGGGGAGGUUUCAAAAAACAAAAAAGAAAGAAAGAAAAGAGUUUUGGGGGUCCUGGCGCUGGUCGCUGGAGAGGCGUUGAGUUGCUGGGAAGGGAGUCGAGGCUGCAAGCACGUGGAUGUGGACAAGGACUCGCCCCCAGCAGAAUCUGGGCUUGCCCCAGUGCAUGAAGGGCCAGCCUGGUCCAGAAAUGCCGCCACACCUUCCACUUCCGAAAGAAGGGGAGAUUCCCGGCUAUGAUCAUAAGGGUUCAAGAACAUGGCGAGGGAGGUGGUGACUGAGGAUUGGAAGGGUAAGGGCAAGGGGAGUUGAUUGAGAGGAAGUUGCUGCUGGAGGAUAAUGUGACUGGGGA